GUCACAGCAUCUCCGGGGUCACCGUGUGCCAGGAGCAUCAGCUCUUUUCAAUACAAAUGGAUAGAAAAGCAGAUGUGAAGUCCCUCAUGGCGAGGUUUGACACUGGGGGCAACCUGACAGAGGAGGUCUCAGUCAACAGCCGGCCUUUCAAAGUCACAGGGCAAAACUCACCUUCAGGAAUACAAGCGAGAAAAAACCUAUUCAACAACCAAGGAAAUGCCACCCCUUCUACAGGACCUGGCAACAUGCCUAAGAUUGGGACUCCAAAGCCACCUUUGGCAGUGAAACCUACUUUUGAGGAAACGCCUGACAAAGAGCCCAAACCCCCAUUUUUAAAGCCUAGUGGAGUGGGCCAAAGAUUUGGAACACUGCCAAACUCAGCCACCAGAGAACCUGAGGUAAAAGCAGGAUUUCUGAAACCUGUAGGCCCCAAGCCCACCAACCUGCCCAAAGAAGAUUCCAAGCCUGUGUUUACCCGGCCUGCUGGGAACAAGCUGUUAAUUCACAGUAUGAACCAAGAUCAAGACUUAAAGACACCAGGCCCAAAGCCUGGACCUGCUCCUCCAGCCCCGGAAAAUGAACAGAGGCAAGCAUUCCCAAAGUUGGCUGGGACUAAAGGCAAGUUUAUGUCAGCAUCACAAGAUCCUGACUCCAAAACCCUCUUCCCCAAACCUGCCUUUGGCCAGAAGCCAUCCCUGAGUACUGAGGAUGCUCAUGAAGAUGAGAGACCCCCCAGGAAUGUGUCUGUGCAGAAAGGACCCCCAGCACCUCUAGGAGCCAAGUCUAAGAGUGGCCCUCUAAAACCAGCAAGGGAAGACCCAGCAAAUAAAGACCAUGAAGGUGACACAUCAAGUUCACCAUUUCCUGGAGUAGUUCUAAAACCUGCUGCAAGCAGAGGAAGCCCAGGCCUCUCUAGAAAUAGUGAAGAAAAAAAAGAACAUAGGAAGAUAGAUGCUACUAAGAACAUCUUCCUGAGCAAGAUGAAUCAGGAUGAGCCUGCCACAGGGGCUCCUCCUGGCAAGUUCGCUAAGGUCCCUUCCAAGGUGACAGUGGGCACACCAUGGGGUCAAAGUCAAGAAAAGGAAAAAGGAGACAAGAAUUCAUCCACCCCAAGGCAGAAGCCAUUGCCCCCAUUGUCUACCUUGGGUCCACCUCCACCAAAACCCAGCAGACCACCCAGUGUCGACCUGACAAAAUUCCGCAAAGCUGAUUCUACUAACAGCACCAGCAAAAGCCAGAUGCCCUACUCAACAACAUCCCUGCCACCACCUCCAUCAUCACAUCCAGCCAGCCAACCACCGUUGCCAGCAUCUCAUCCAACACAACCACCACUCCCAAGCCUACCUCCCAGAAACAUUAAGCCUUCCCUUGACCUAAAAAGCCCUGUAAAUGAAGAAAAUCAGGAUGGUGUCAUGCACUCUGAUGGUGCUGGAAAUCUAGAGGAGGAUCAAGAAAGUGAAGGAGAAACAUAUGAAGACAUAGAAGCAUCCAAAGAACGAGAUAAGAAACGGGAAAAGGAGGAAAAGAAGAGAUUAGAGCUGGAGAGAAAGGAACAGAAAGAGAAAGAAAAGAAAGAACAAGAACUAAAGAAGAAAUUUAAACUAACAGGCCCCAUUCAAGUCAUCCAUCAAGCAAGAGCUUGCUGUGAUGUCAAAGGUGGAAAGAAUGAACUGAGCUUCAAGCAAGGAGAGGAAAUUGAAAUAAUCCGUAUCACAGAUAACCCUGAAGGAAAAUGGUUAGGCAGAACAGCAAGAGGGUCCUAUGGUUACAUUAAAACAACUGCAGUAGAGAUUGACUAUGAUUCCUUGAAACGGAAAAAGAAUUCUUUUGGUGCUCUUCCAACAAGACCUAUUGAAGAUGACCAAGAAGUAUACGAUGAUGUGGCAGAGCAGGAUGCUACUAACAGCCACAGUCAGAGCGGAAGUGGAGGGAUGUUCCCCCCACCACCGGAUGAUGAUGUUUAUGAUGGGAUAGAAGAGCAAGAUGACGAUGGCUCCACACUACAGGUUGAAGAGAAGAAUAACACGUGGUCCUGGGGGAUUUUGAAGAUGUUAAAGGGAAAAGAUGAGAAAAAGAAAAGUAUACGAGAGAAACCUAAAGUCUCUGAGUCAGACAGUAAUGAAGGUUCAUUUUUCCCACCUCCUCCUAAACAUUUGGACAUUGGAGAAGAAGUUUAUGAUGAUGUGGAUGCCUCUGAUUUCCCUUCUCCAUCAGGAGAAACAAGCCUCCCAGGUCAAGGAAUCAAUAUUGGAAAGGCCAAGACUGAAGAAAAAGAUCCUAAGAAGCUAAAAAAGCAGGAAAAAGAAGAAAAAGAGCUCAGGAAAAAGUUUAAAUAUGAUGGUGAAAUUAGAGUUCUAUAUUCAACCAAAGUUGCAUCCUCCCUAACCUCUAAAAAGUGGGGAGCUAGAGAUCUACAGCUCAAACCUGGUGAAUGUCUUGAAGUUAUACAAAACACAGAUGAUACAAAAGUUCUCUGCAGGAAUGAAGAAGGAAAAUAUGGCUAUGUCCUUCGGAGUUAUCUCAUGGACAAUGAUGGAGAGAUCUAUGAUGAUAUUGCUGAUGGUUGCAUCUAUGACAACGACUAGCAUUCAGCUCUAUUGAUUCUGUUGUGUUCAUUAGUUGCCAACACGAAGUAUGAGUUUUAGUUGGCAUAUGUUAUUGGGUAUCAGAAAAAUGAAUGUACAAAAUGAUUUGUUAGUAUUUGUUAUGAAAUUCUGAUUAUAAGUUUUGAAAUUUUAAACUUCAAAAAUAAUAUCUCUGCUUAAUCAAUAUCUCAAAAGAUUUUAUUUGUUUAACGUAAGAAUUAUUUCUGUUUUGGCUAUGAUUAUAAAGGCACUUCUUUUAGAUCAUCAAUAAACAAUCUCCCAUACAUUCCUCCCCACCAAAAAAAAGAAGAAAGAAAAAAGAAUAUUUUUUCUAUUUUCUAUUUUCUAAAAAGAAAUAGGAAGAAGAAAAAAGAAUAUUAGAAAGGAAAUUUUGAAACAUUCCACAACAAGGAAAACUAUAGUUUGUACCUCUACUUGUGAAAGUACCUUAUAUUGUCUAUUCUAAUUAUCUCUCUUUAAAAAGGCAGAUGUGUCUGUCUUACCUCCUGAUGGUGGGUUAAUCUUUUUUUAACUUAUUCCAGUAGCAGAAUUUUUGUAUAAAGUUUGUCCUUAUUUGUUAAUUGUGAAUAUGUUAAUUAUUUGAUAAGAAUGUUAUUUUAUUUUUGCUGAUUCUAAUUCUGUACUCUGUUUAAACAAAGUAUCAUUGUAACUAGAGUAAACAUGGAUGAGGACUACCCUCCAAUUAUGAAGAAGGGAAGAAUGGACCUUAAAACUCACUAGCUUAUUAUGGUACUCUUUAUUAUGAAGAUUCUUUUAAAGGCUUUCGUUUUUGUUUUCAAUUACCUCUGUACAUGUUUAAAAAAUAUUUUUAACCACUUUACUAGAAAGUUUGCCAGCAGAAGGACCACAAAUUAUUAAGUACUAGUGUUUGGACUGGAGUUCCCCAAGCAACCCCUCCAAAUUACAAAGCACUGGCCAAAACCCAACAACAUAUUAUGUGACAUGUUAGGUAAUAUUUUUCACAACUUCUAAAAUAUGAAAAUAACAAACCUACUACCAUUAAACCAUGAUGUGACAUUGGAUGUAUCACUUAUCCUUUUAGUAUCCUUAUCUGUAAAUUAUAGGAUUAGACUAAGCUAGUUUUUCCAACAUUUUUUCACUACCAACCACCUCCAGAUUUUAUAAUUCUCCUCCCAUCCCAGAUCCAUGUUUCAGAAGCUUUUGUCUAUUUUUGAAAACUCAUUGACUAAAUAAUGAUUCAUGCAUUAUCCAUGUUUUAAUAUUGAAAAGACCCCUUGGAGUUUCUGUAAAGUGACCCCACUGAAUUUUUUUAAUUGAAAAUUAUAAAAUAACUCAAAGCCUUCAAAGUGGUAAAGUGGGAUUUCCAUUAGGUGCUUUGAAUUUUGAAAACAGCAUCAACUUCUAAUAUUCAAUGUGUAGACAAUGGGAGUUUGGGUACCCAGAUAAGAAACUACUUAUCUCAAAGAUUACCUCUAAUUAAAAAGUACUUUGCUAUCUACUUUUUGAGAGCGUUAGCCAGUGUGUGUCCUUGUAAUGAAUUUUCUUUUAAGAUGAGGUAAAAGUAUAUGGCUCGAAAGUGGCUGUUGGUUGCCCAAUUUGGUAGCAAGUUUACAUAAUACAUUGACAACACAUUUUCAGUAAUUUUUUCCUGAUUGAGAGUAUGUAAAUUGACUGCAAUGUCAGUUUUUAAAAUUCCAAAUUAGAUUAAGAGAACAUUUCAAAUUUUUAUUUAUAUACCAAUGAAAGAGAUGGGUAAACA